AUGGCCAGACUCACCGGGGGCGAGGCGAGGAGGCAGCCGCCGCCGGUCCCGCCAGCGCCGCAGCCGCUCCGAGCCUCCCCCAUGAGCAGCAGCGGCGGCGCGGAGCCCCCCCCGCAGCCCGACAGCAUGAAGGACCUGGAUGCCAUCAAGCUCUUCGUGGGGCAGAUCCCCCGUAACCUGGAGGAGAAGGACCUGAAGCCGCUGUUCGAGCAGUUCGGCAAGAUCUACGAGCUCACCGUGCUCAAGGACCGCUACACCGGCAUGCACAAGGGCUGCGCCUUCCUCACCUACUGCGCCAGAGACUCUGCCAUCAAAGCCCAGACAGCACUGCACGAGCAGAAGACUUUGCCAGGGAUGGCUCGUCCCAUCCAGGUGAAACCUGCCGACAGCGAGAGCCGUGGAGGUAGGGACAGGAAGCUCUUUGUGGGCAUGUUGAACAAGCAGCAGUCUGAGGAUGAUGUGCUCCGGCUCUUUGAACCCUUUGGGGUCAUUGAUGAAUGUACAGUGCUGCGUGGACCCGAUGGGAACAGCAAAGGCUGUGCUUUCGUCAAGUUCUCCUCUCACACUGAGGCUCAGGCCGCGAUCCAUGCGCUCCAUGGCAGCCAGACCAUGCCCGGAGCCUCCUCCAGUCUAGUGGUGAAGUUUGCUGACACAGAUAAGGAGCGGACCCUGCGCCGUAUGCAGCAAAUGGUGGGGCAGCUGGGGAUAUUCACUCCAUCUCUCACCUUGCCGUUCAGCCCAUACAGCGCCUAUGCGCAGGCUCUCAUGCAGCAGCAGACCACGGUCCUGUCCACCUCGCACGGCAGUUACCUGGGUCCCGGCGUCGCCUUCUCCCCAUGCCACAUCCAGCAGAUCGGCGCCGUCAGCCUCAAUGGGCUCCCCGCGGCCCCCAUCGCACCCGCGUCAGGGCUUCAUUCACCGCCGCUCCUGGGAACAGCAGCCAUGCCUGGGCUGGUGGCCCCCAUUUCUAAUGGAUUCACCGGAGUGGUGCCAUUCCCAAAUGGGCACCCAGCCUUGGAAACGGUUUACACCAACGGCCUCGUGCCAUACUCAGCCCAGAACCCUUCGGUAGCAGAGACCCUGCAUCCGGCCUUCACAGGAGUCCAGCAGUACGCAGCUGUGUACCCGACCACCACCGUCACCCCCAUUGCCCAGAGCAUCCCUCAGCCACCUCCUGUCCUGCAGCAGCAGCAGCGAGAGGGUCCUGAAGGCUGCAACCUCUUCAUCUACCAUCUCCCUCAGGAGUUUGGAGACAAUGAGUUGAUGCAGAUGUUCCUGCCCUUUGGCAACAUCAUCUCCUCCAAGGUGUUCAUGGAUCGUGCCACCAACCAGAGCAAGUGUUUUGGCUUUGUCAGCUUUGACAACCCAUCCAGUGCCCAGACUGCGAUCCAGGCCAUGAAUGGCUUCCAGAUUGGCAUGAAACGCUUGAAGGUCCAGUUAAAACGACCCAAGGAUGCCACCCAUCCCUACUGACAGCAGCGAGCACGCAGGAGGCACUUCUGCAGCACAGGUGAAGGGAAAAGUCCAGAGGAAGAAUUUCUGCUUCAGGUUGCUUUACAGAGAGGCCAGUAACUUUCUCAACUCUUUUGCCACCAGCCCCUUUCCCUCCUCUGCUCCCCCCUCCCGUCCUCCUCCCCAAACCUUUGCCAUUAAAGAGAAGGCUCAAAGUCUGCCCAGCAGGAAGAUUCUUGCCACGACGGACUCGCACAUUUGCUGCUCCCGUGGUGCAGAGCAAAGGGACCAGAAACCCGGCAGCCCUGGGGGGACACGAAGCUUUUCCUCUCGGGGUGGGCCUGGAGAACAUGGACCAAGCGUCCCUCAUCCCUCCUGCCCCAUCUCCCGGCCCCUUUCCCAGAGAAAUAGAAAUAUAUAUAUAUACAGCCUCUAUUUUUGAUGAAAGUGGCUCACAGGACCAAACUUUUCCAUUCAGAGACUGACUCCUUGCACGAGGGAUUGGAAGUUCAGGGCUUGCCUUUGCGGGGGUCUCCUCCGCCAGCGCUGCUCCUCCUUUGGGAGGCUGUUUGGAUGGACAUGGAGCGGGAAUGUCUCUGCUUGGCUGUAGCAAGAAGCAAGGAGGAAGAGAACUACAUACCUCGGGGAUGAGGGCACCGCUGCUCGGCUUGAGCCGCUCCUCCACCGACCUUAGCACCAGCCUGGUUAGAGGAUCUCAAGAGCUCUGACCUUUCCAAGGGCUGCUGCAGACAAAGCUCCUGGGAUUUGGUGCCAAAGCCUUUCCCGACGCUCCUGGGGUAGGCUGCAAGCACAGGAACACAGUCCUGCAGGAACUGCCUCUGCACGAUGUGGUCGUGGCUCUCGUGAGCAAAGUGAGACAGGGACAGAAUUCCACCCGCUGCGGAUGGAACCAGGACAGUUCCAGGCGCCCCAGGACAGUUUCUCCAUGUGGAUUUAGCCAGAGGCCUCUCCUCUUGCACCUUCCUGAGCAGCCACAAGGGCUGUUCCCAUCCUGGUUUCUCCCUCCAGGGACAGAUCCCAUGUUUGCUUCCAUAGAAACAGCAACAUCCACGGACACUCUAGCACAGACCAACAGCCCAACAGCUUGGAGCUGGACUGCCCACCCCUGGGGAAGGGGGGAUGCCACAAUGGACAAGGCCCAACCCUGGACCAACUUCAACCAGUCUCGUUCUGUUUCGA